AUGGAGUUUUUAGAAGACCGAGAUUUCAGUAUGGUGCCCACCAUUCCAGAGUUUUAUAAAGGAAAAACUAUAUUCAUCACCGGUGGUUCUGGGUUCAUGGGCAAGGUCCUCACAGAGAAGCUGCUUUACUCCUGCUCCGAGCUGGACAGGAUAUAUCUUCUCAUAAGAAACAAGAAAGGUGUCAAAUCAGAAGACAGACUGGCGGCGUUAUAUUCAUCUGAUUGCUUUGCAAGACUGAAAAAGGAGAAACCUGGUCUUUUCGAAUCCAAGGUUUUUGUCGUCGCUGGAGAUGUAACAGAACCUGGGCUUGGAUUGUCAGAUGAAGACCGGACUUUACUCAUCAACCGCGUCAAUAUUGUAUUUCAUGUAGCAGCCAGCGUAAGAUUUGACGAUCCCCUUCCUUAUGCCGUGAAGAUGAACCUUCGAGGUACUAUCGAAAUGGUUGAUCUCGCCAAGGAAAUGAGGAAUCUCCUUGUGUUUGUGCACGUGUCUACUUCCUACUCAAAUACCAACAGGGAGACCAUAGAAGAAAUUAUGUACCCGCCCCACGCAGACGUGAAAGAUACGCUGGAAGUGUGUGAAAAGGUUGAUGAACAUACCCUCAAAAUUCUUACUCCAAAAUACCUUGGUGAAGUUCCAAACACUUAUGCGUUCACGAAACAGUUAGCAGAACACGUUGUUUACGAAUGUAGGGGACAACUACCUAUUGUCAUCAUCAGACCUUCCAUAGUUAUAUCAAGCGUAGAUGAACCGAUGCCUGGGUGGAUUGAGAACUUCAAUGGACCUGUGGGACUACUGGUAGCCAGUGGAAAAGGUAUAAUGAGAUCCAUAUACAGUGACCCAGACCUCAUAGCUGACUACAUACCCGUGGAUAUCUCCAUCAAGAGUAUGAUGGUGGCUGGAUGGUUGAGGGGAACCAAAAAGUUAGAACCAACAGAUGAUGUUGCAAUCUACAAUUGCUGCGCCGGCCAAACAAAUACCAUCACUAUGGGGGAGCUGGUGAACAUGGGACUGGAGAUCUAUGCCUCCAUGCCCCUCAAUGACAUGCUCUGGCAUGUAGGAGGCGAUAUUACCACUUCGAAGACUAUUAACUAUGUUAAGGUAAUAUUCCUUCAUUUAUUGCCAGCGAUUUUGGUUGACACGCUCCUUUGGCUGCUUGGACGGAAACCAAUGUUAGUCAAAGUCCAACGGCGUAUCUACAUAGCAAACCAGGCCCUGGAAUAUUACAUCACCAAGCAAUGGACAUUUAACAAUAGGAAUUUACUGCGACUACGGUCGUGUAUUAAGAAAGAAGAUAUCAAACAUUUUUACUACGAGAUGGAAGAAGUUGACCGAUACCAAUUCUUCUACAACUCACUUCUUGGUGGAAGAAGGUACUUGUUGAAGGAAAAAGAUGAAGACCUACCUAAGGCUAAAGCCCAUUACAGGAGAAUGGCGGUUUUGGACAAGACUGUGCAAUACCUGUUUUGGGGUCUCAUGCUGUUGUGGUUCUUAAAUUUAAGUUUCGUUAAGAAUAUUCUCUCAGCUAUCCUGUAA